AUGCCUCGCUAUUACUAUUCAGAACCCUCUGAAACUGACAGUGACUACCAUGAUGAUAUUCCCUACAGAGAAAAUAUGACUGUUUCAAAACGUGCAAAGCGGACGAAGCCUCCUGAGCCAGACCCCGGCCCAUCUGUUCGAGUCCGUACGUCUACCGAACUCGAGGCUGCCAUUCAAUCACAAAUAGAAGAUCCUUCCAUCUCGGGUCUAGACACCACCGGAUUACCCAUCUUACGCAAUUUCCUAACCAUGUUCGAAAAGAAAUUCCGUGAUUUGCACCCCGAGCGGGCCGAACUAGACUGGAGAAAUGGUGUACGCAGGCCAGCGAGGUCUGCAGUGGCUCGACGUUCAGCGCAGGGACAGUUAUGUGGUGUUCAAGCUCCACCGGGUCAAAAAUGUACCAACUGCGCUGAGGCCAAAGGUACAUUCGACAAUUGCCGGAUCGUUUUCGUGGAAGACAAGGUUCAAUGGAUGUGGUCCUGUGCUAAGUGUGCCUUUGUUGGAGGAAACCACAAAUGCUCUUUUCGUCCUAAUCUAUCCUCCAAAGUGCCUUCGUGGGUUGUCGAAGCCGUGACUAAACGUCAGCCCGGCAAUGAAUUGCUGAAGACAUACUAUGGCCGAAAACCUGCAGCUGCCACCCCCGAGACCGCGAAGUCGACUAGUCGUAAGCGCCCUACAGCUAUGACCCAGUCGAGCCCCGAACAAAUUGGAAUUGAUCAAGCGUCACUGCAUUCUCCGGCAAUUAAACGUGCCAAAAGAAUUCCAUUGCGCAGAAACACCGUGUCAAAGAGCACACCCGUUGCUCCAAAAGGUAUAGACAAAGAGAACCCCGCUAAGCGUCGCAAGUCAGAUGUCGGUCCCUCGAAGGCCAGCGUGCCGGACACAGCUAAGCGCCGCAGGUCAGAAGUUGCCCCUGCGAGAACCAGCGAGGGCGCCACUACCGACACAGCUAAACAGCCAGGGGUUGCACCUACAAAGGCCAACGAGGGCGCCGCCAAGGAUGCACCUAAGCUUAAGAACGGAGGGCUCCCAUUCAACAUGGCCUGGUACAAUUCGCCUCUUGAAAAACCCGAAGUGUACCGUAUGAAGGAUAAAUCAUAUGCUCUUGAUACCUACAACGAUCUUGCAGAUAUCCUGGCGCGCAUCACGGAGGAUCAGAGUCGUAUGAAGGCAGCAUUGGUUAGGAAAGGGUUCUUGCCGAAGUCGGAUGACGAGGAGUCUGAAGAGGAGAAUGUGUUUGCCUUAGUGUGA